AUGCCUUCAAAUCGACGAAGAGCAUCUGGCCAACCUAGAGCUCGUAAGCACAGACACUCAAACCAAGAGUGGGAGCAGCACAAAGACUUCAUUGGUCAUCUCUACACAGAUGAGGGCAAGAAGUUAAGGGAGAUCCGCCAAAUUAUGAAAGACCGUUAUCAGUUUGAAGCCGGGGAAUCUACGUAUAAGGAGCGUCUCAGUAAAUGGAAUAUAUACAAAAACACCCGUCCAUCAACAAAGAAGGGCGAAGCAUCGACCACCCCACCAAUCGAGAAUAGCGCUCAAGGUGACCCAUAA